AUGUCGGAGGAGCUUAUCGUGCAGUGGGCGAAGCGUGUCUCGGACGCUGAGGAGGAGCUCCAUCGAAUGGAGGAGGACAUCAACGCCGUCAAGCAGCAGCGCAAGCUGCUCAAGACGGAGAUUCGAAAAUACGAAGACGUCGUGGCGAGCGAGAAGUGCGACCUCCUCACCUCGCUAGAGAGGGUGGAGGCGCAGGCGAAGGAUUUGGGUGCCCAGUGCGAGGCGACGCUAACAGAGAAGGACCGUGUGGAGGCGGAGUACAUGGCCACCUUGGACGCCUACGAGAACCUGCACUUCCUUGUGCGCGAGAUCAAGGAUGCCGAGGAGCACCUGCAAAGCCGUGACGACCUUGAGGUUUGUCUGCAGCGCGAGAGCAUCACGUGGGCGGAGGAAGAGCACGCGCUCCGCCGUAAGCUUCACCAGCUUCAGCAGCAGCAAGCGCAGGCUCGCCGCGCGCAAGAGGCCGAGCUGCGCGAGCUAGAGGCCCAGCUUUCGAACGUCGAGCAACGUCAGCGCGACGAAAGGGCAGGGCGGUGCGUAGAGGUGGCUCAAGCGGCCCGCCGCGUGGUGCAGAGCAGUCGUCAGCCGACGCCCGCGUCACCCAAGCCCGUCACGUCAGCCGAGGAAGACGCCUUCGUGAGUGCCAACGCGGGCGGUGCAAUGCCCAUCAGAUCUGCGCCGCUCAAGUCGUGCUUGAAGACUCCCGUCAGUGGCAGCACAAGCGGCAGCACAGCAACUACGGCCCCCCGCCCCACCACCGCCGCCUCAGCGCCGGUGAGCCGCUGCGCCUCGCAGUCGUUGGUGUCCGACGCUGCCGUGAGCGGCGUACAGCGGCAAGGAGUCGAUGGAGGUGAUCAGCCGUCGCUGCGGUUGCUGCAGGAGAUGCGUGCCUACUCGUACGGGGCACCAUGCAAGGCCGGCGCUCGCAAGCGCGAGUUCCUGGGAGACGCCACCAACAGUCAGUGA